AUGAUUCCUUCUGGUAAAACACAAAUCACUUCAAGCGACGAGGCCUGGUGUUCCCUUUACCUGAUUCGUGGAUUUCCAAUGUCUCUAAGAAAAAUGCAGGACAAAAUUAGACGUGGAGCUUAUGAAAGCCUCACCGGAUUCUCUUCAGACGUUUCUGAUAUUGUUCAUCAUGUCGGUAUACUGUUUGGAGUGUCCUCUGAGCAGAUGGAAGCUGCUAAAUAUAUGUUAAAUGAUAGCACGUUCGAUUUGAGUGAAAUUAGACAGUGCAGAGAUUGCUACCGGCAUUCAAAUGAACAGGAUGAUCCUCUCUGGUUUGCAAAACCUUGUUUACCUAGACACGAAUUGGUUUUUGCCAAGCAGAAGGGAUACACUUAUUGGCCUGCUAAGGUUAUUAAAAUUAAUGCUGAUGGAAAUUACGAUGUAAGAUUUUUUGGUGGCAAACACUUUCGGGGUAUUAUUGAUCCGCAAUGUGUGAAACCAAUCGAUACUCCUUAUCAGGACAUGCAGUUAAUGAAACGCACCGUCACCCUCAACAAAGCUCUCGAAGAACUCCAAAAGCACCAAGAGCUUCUCAAACGUCCAAACAGCAUGUUCACUUACAAAGCUGAACAAUCGAAGCGAUCGCAAAGGAGUACUACACCAGAAGAAGCAGACACCGACGAUGAAACCAAACCAGUCGCCCCAGCCAAAAAGAAAAAAGCCGGCCGCAAACCCAAAUCGAACGCCGGCGACAAGUCCGCCAACAAAAUGGUACCGACCGUCAAACUAACCCGCACCUUGCAAGUGAGUAACGGUGGCGGUAAUUAUGAUACUAAACCUAAACCGAGGAUGACCAGGAACUCUCUGGUCACUGCACCCGAUAUGAAUGUUUACGAUAUCAGUACGGUGGACGAAGAGGAGAAGACUCUGGAUGUUAGGCUGAAGACUCCUAAGAAGACUCCCAAGAAGUCUUUGUGGCCCGAAAAUGAUGAGAGCGCCGAUGUGGAUGUUGUCAGUCUUUGUAACAGUUCGGACGAGGAAGGAAAUUUGAUUACGAUGAAGACUAUUGACUAUAUAGGAGAAACGGAUUAUUCCUCCAAACCGACCAGAGCCAAGGCCCACAGCAGCAUCGGAAGCAGCCAAGAAGCCUUGAUAAGUUCCACCCAAGAAAUUCCUUCAACGUCGCAGAACAAUUCCAACUCUACGUCCAAUUCAUCGAAUGCAAAUCGUUCUGGUGCAGUUUCCAAACAGGGUGAAGCCCCACGACUGGCCAGGGCCACUCAGGGCGGCGGAGUGUCUCGCAGAGAGAAUUUUGAAAGGAUAAAGUUGAAGGUGGAGCAGGCUUCGAGUAUGAAGGAAGCCGCCAGGAUCGCUCAUGAGGCUCUUAUGGCCGAAAAUGAAAGAUGGGAAGCAGAACUACAAGCUAUGGUUGACGAACAUGUUAAAUCGAUUUUGUUCGAGGUGAAGAAAAGGCAAUGGUGUUACUAUUGUGGAGACGAGGCAAUAUACUAUUGCUGCUGGAACACUGCCUAUUGUUCAACGACUUGCCAGCAACAGCAUUGGCAAGCCGAACACAAAAGAGUCUGUCGCAGAAAAAGAUAAACAACAACAUGUUGCCAGUCAUCAAAGAAGACGAUGAACAACAACAACAGGUUAUUAUAAUAAUAAGAAUUGUACACAUAAAUAUAUAUAUCAUAAGGUUUUAAUUUGCAUAUUAUAGUAUAAGUAUUAUUAUCGAAAAAGGAUUGUGAAUAAAACAAAUCGAGAAAUUUAAUGGACGGAGUUUUAUAAGUUAUUGAGUAGGUCGUAUUAUUAAAGUUUUAUAUUUGUAAUAUUAUGAUACAUUAAAUGUAGGUAGAUUAGGAAUGGAUUGUUGGACGAGUGA